CAGCCGACCUAUAACUCGGGCAGGCAGUCGGUGCUGUACUCUCCGCCAGAGACACACAAUGAAGAGACGACAGUCAUGUUAAGCUUCUGAGUCAGUUAUAUGAGCAAACAGCAGAAGUCACGCUUCAAGAUGGAUUACAAAUAUGAUAAUGGAGUAGAACUGCUUUUGGCUCAUAUGAACCUUGAGGAUAUCAUCAACGCUGCAGAGAGACUGUAUAAGCUUGAAGAAGUAGAGGAAGAGGAGGACGGGGGCUUAUCAUUUGAAGAGGAAGGUCUCUCCCAGGAGGAGAUGGAUGAGAAUGAGGAGGUGGGGGACUCAGUUAGCUCUAGUGGUCAGCAGAAGGCCUUUGGGGUUGAUGGAGUAAGUGGUGUUCGCUACGGGACAGUAGCAGACCUCUUGUCCUUCGUCAACCUGCUCUCCAACAUGCAGACUGCAGCCCUGCAGGAUGUGCCUGAGGAGAUGGGAGUCCUGCUGAACAAGAAGGACAUGGCUGUGAAAAAAGGCCGCUACCGGAUAAACAUGGACGUGCUCCUCUUUCCAUGGAAAUUGACCUACAAGAAUUACGGCUGUGGCCUCGUGCCCAAGGGCUCAUUUGGGAAAGUCCACUUGGCUCAGGACACAAGCACCAGAAAAAGAAUGGCAUGCAAACUGAUCUCUAUGGAGAACUUCAAAGCAGCGGAGGUGGAGUUCCAGGCACGGUUCCACCAUGAGAACAUAGCUCAACUAUACGGCGCUCUGUUCUGGGAUCAGAGCAUCCACCUGUUCAUGGAGGCCGGAGAGGGCGGCUCGGUCUUGGAGAAGCUGGACAGCUGUGGGCCAAUGAGAGAGUUUGAGAUCAUCUGGGUGGCCAAGCAAGUCCUGCGGGGGCUGGAGUACCUGCACUCGAAUAAAGUCAUCCACCACGACAUCAAACCCAGUAACAUCGUCCUGAUGUCAGACAAGGCAGUGUUGGUCGACUUUGGUCUGGCAGUGCAGAUGACAGAGGAUCUAUACAUUCCCCGAGACCUGAGAGGAACAGAGAUGCAUAUGAGUCCAGAGCUGGUUCUGUGUCGAGGACACAACACUAAGACGGACAUCUACAGCCUGGGCACCACCAUCAUUCACAUGCAGACUGGGAGCCCUCCGUGGGUCAGGAGAUACCCACGCACCGCAUACCCAUCUUACCUCUACAUUAUCCACAAGCAGGCCCCACCUUUGGAGGACAUACCAGAAGACUGCAGCCUGGCAAUCCGCUCCUUCCUGGAGCGAGCCCUGGAGAGGAACCCUACCCUGCGUAGCUCUGCCUCUGAACUUUUAAAGCAUGAGGCCAUCAACCCACCAAGGGAAGAUCAACCACGCUGCUGGAGCCUGGACUCUGCCCUGGAGGAGGCAAACCACACCAUGCUACGUCAACAGAGCCAGCACCCCGACACCACACAGGAAUCUUCUCUGUACUCUGAAGACUCCGGUCACAUAAAAAGGAAGGGCUCCUUGUACAUUGACCUUGGUGCCUUGUCUGGUUACUGUAAACUCGUGACAGGGCCCCCCACCUCAGAAUAUGGCUAACACCGGACUGCAGCUCAAUAUUUGUGAAGCUGUACAUUUUUUCAUUUAAGUAUGGCCGACACUCCACUUCUGGAUGACCGGUAGAAUUUUUCAGAAGGAUGACCAGCUGCAGGCGACAUGGCUCAUCAAUGGACUGAAAUGUGUUUACAGGACACAAGAGACUUAAAAGGAAAGGUACUAGCUCAGUCUUGUUGCUGGAAAUAGACAACGCUGCAGGACAGUGGUUGAAAGAGAUGCAUUGUGUAUCAAUAUGUGUUUACUGUUAGCUAUUGGUUAUAUGUACAUGCUAUAAUGUAGAGUGGUAGUUAAUACAGUAAUUAAACAUGUGCUUUUUAUUUCACAGAUCGAUGGCUUAUAUAUAUGUUAAGCAUUAAAAUAGUUAGGCUAUCUUUAAAAGUAUGGAUGCACUCUGCUAACAUGUAUAAUUUGUAGUUCUUAGGGACUUCCUCUUGUUAAUUCCUAUGGAAUUUCAAUAGUAUGGUGAUAUGGUGAGUAUGGUGUGCAAAUGCAAAUAUAUGGGGUGCUUGUGAAAUCUGAUUUCUAUUUUGUACAUCCUGUGAGAUGAGGCCUGCUGUGCUGGUUUGAGCCUAAUUGAUGCAGCAUUUAUGAGAUACUUAUUUUAAAAGGGAAAAAAAUUAACCUUUCACUGAUUAGGACAACCAAUAUAGAAAAUAUCUGAAAUGCAAUCCAAUUGUUGCCCCCAUGACUCUUCAAAGACACUGUGAAUUAGCUAAAUUGAUACAUUUUGAGUAUGUUUCUGCACCUUCCUGCCUGAGUGUGCUGCAGACAGUGCUAAGAGUGUUGUAAACUGUGGUGAUGACAACCUUGGAAACUAUGUGAUAACACCAUUUCAAAAUCAACCUAAGCAUUUGUUGUCUUCAUAAUCAGUUCAUAGAGGGCGCACGUGUUCACGGAUACCAAAACAGGCCAUAGGUUCAAAUUGACUUUUUAAUUCAAAUAACUUUUGUGUUACUUGUGUUUUCUUCAGUACCAAAAGUUGCAAAUGCCAAAGUUUGAAAGUGUGUCAGUUAUUAUAAAUAAAUGCAAUAAAAUGAAAAUCCCA